AUGCGGAUAGAAGGGUGGACCGUUGAAUACUUCUUCCUCUCCCUCUUUGCCUCCAUUCAUCCAUCCACCUUCAGUCCCAUUCACGCCUCUUCGAAAUGUUUGACUACCUCUUUCUCUUUGUUAGCGCACCGCUCCGUCCCCAUCCGCCAUGCCUUAGCAGCAGGGUAUCGGUGGCUGCUGAGCAGCCCUUACCUUAAUUGCCCAGGAACUGCACGGAGAUCGCUGUUGAAUGGCACUUCAGCCAGGACGUUUCGGCUCAGCUAUUCACCCCCAACCCUGACCCCGGAGCUGGACACUCUCAGCCCGUCCCCGCCGCUCAGUGAGGCGGGUCCACACCGCAGGCGAGCGCGCAGCACGAACGUAAACUUUAGGCAGCUUGACGCGGCGCUGUACGUGGCCUUUGCCUACAGCUUCGGUCUGAAUGCGAUCAGCACGCUCCCCAUCCAUCACAUUUCCCCUUCUACCUCCCGAGGAAGAAAGCUGCGCGAUAUAUUUCGCUUUGUUUCAGGGUUGAUUUUUUCCCCCGUGCUGACAGUGCCCCGCCACUACGACGACCCGGGCAAAGGGAACUACUGGAUGCUGGACCCCUCCAGCGACGACGUCUUCAUCGGGGGCACCACCGGCAAGCUCCGCCGGCGCUCCACCACCUCGCGGGCCAAGCUGGCCUUCAAGCGGGGCGCCCGGCUCACCUCCACCGGACUGACAUUCAUGGAUAGGGCAGGAUCCUUGUACUGGCCUAUGUCCCCCUUCCUCUCCCUGCACCACCCCCGGGCCAGCAGCACUUUGAGUUACAAUGGGACCACGUCCGCCUACCCCAGCCACCCCAUGCCCUACAGCUCAGUGUUGACUCAAAACUCCUUGGGAAACAACCACUCCUUUUCCACGUCUAAUGGGUUAAGUGUUGAUAGACUAGUCAAUGGAGAGAUACCUUAUGCCACUCAUCACCUCACAGCAGCAGCUCUGGCCGCCUCAGUGCCGUGUGGCUUGUCAGUUCCCUGCUCCGGCACCUAUUCCCUAAACCCCUGCUCUGUAAACCUCCUAGCAGGACAGACGAGUUACUUUUUCCCCCAUGUUCCUCACCCUUCAAUGACUUCUCAAAGCAGCACUUCAAUGACGGCCAGGGCAGCCUCCUCCUCCACGUCGCCACAGGCGCCCUCCACUCUCCCCUGUGAGUCCUUAAGACCUUCUUUGCCAAGUUUUACAACGGGACUUUCCGGAGGACUUUCUGAUUAUUUCACACAUCAAAAUCAGGGGUCUUCUUCAAACCCUUUAAUACAUUAACAUCCAUGGGAUCAGACUGUAAGUGAACAUUUUACACACAUUUGCAUUGUAAAUGAUAAUUAAAAGA